GCCUAGGGUACCUUUGACCAAAAUGGCGAUGCAUUCUUGUUGACAGAUGCCAUUUUGGAUGUUUUCCGUAGAAUCCUGAGGUGACAAGGAGGACCACAAACCAUCUGCCAAGAUGAUGAUGAACGACCAGAUGGUCCUUAAGGAGGAUGAGUGUUAUGUUCAUCCGGAGGAUGAGGUGCUUGAGUAUGCCCUGUGUAUUGGCAUUGACCCAGACAGGGAGCAUAAUUUGAUGUGGAUCGCCAGAGAAGGAAUCAAUGCCCCUUUGCCUGAAAACUGGAAACCUUGUCAAGAUCCAAAUGGUGAUAUCUACUUCUUCAACUUUGCAACUGGAGAGAGUAUUUGGGACCACCCAUGUGAUGUGUUCUACAAGAAAAUGGUGAUGGAAGAGAGGCGCAAACCACAACAGGCCAGACAGCAGGCUGAGUUUGCCCAUUUAAAAAUAGCGCAUAAUGGUUUCCCAGUUUAUAGUCCAGCAAAGAAGAAACCAGCUGACACUAAAAAGAAGAAAGACAAACUUACCCCUGAUAAAACAAGCUUCCAGACCAGUGUUGCCCAGGUUGAUAUCGACCAAGCUGCCAGAAAAACUGGUGCUGGUGAUGCCACCGCUGGAGCAGCUGGAACCAAAUCGCCACAUCAGAACGCAAGUCAAAAUGUCAGGGUGACUGUUGACGUCCAGGAGAUGAGCGUGGACGAUGUUGCUCAGUGGCUCUCAGAGAUUGGACUACAACAGUAUUGUGAAACAUUCCGGAAACAAGAUAUAGAUGGGCAGGAACUAUCAACCUUGACCAAAAAGUGUCUGAAAAAUUCUCUUGGAAUAGAUUCCUUGGGACAUCGGAACAAGAUUCUCAGAUCAAGAGCUCAUCUGCUUGAACAUCCAAUCGUCCAGAAAACUGUCCUAGAUGAGGGUGUACCAGAUGAGUACUUGUGUCCCAUUACCAGGGAGAUUAUGAAGGACCCCGUCAUUUGCUCAGACGGCUAUUCAUACGAGCGUACAGCGAUAACUAAUUGGUUAAAGAGGGACAAUGACCGAAGUCCGAUGACCAACUCUGUCCUUGUGAACAAGGAGCUUAUACCAAACAGAAGUCUAAGGACACUUAUACAGCAAUAUCUCAAUCCCUAGCAUACGUCAGUCCAAUGACAAUUUCUGUACUUGUUAACAACGAGCUUACUCCAAACAGAAGUUUAAGAACACUUAUACAGCGAUAUCUCAAUCCCUAUUAAAGUUUUACGCCUGAUAACCUAAUACUCAUGAAUCAAGAACAAGGAGCUUACACCAAAAAGAAGUCUUUGCAAUUAUAGUAAUUUAUUUUAUUGUUUAUUUUUAUUUACUUAUCUAUUAAAUCAGCGUUGCCUGGCAAAGCCCGGCUACAUAUUUAAUUGUUACGCAAAGGAAAAAUACUACUUGAGUGUUGGUGCAAUAAGGCCUCUAUUCUACCUAAUAAAACCAAUUAGUAGACUAUAGUAGACUUAUUACUACACUAAAGAAACCUUUGGCUGACAUUCUUCAGAAUCUUUCUAGUGAUCCCAUUGGUGGAGAUAUUAGAGUAAACACCAUAGACACUUACACAGCGUGAUCUUAAUCCGUAGUAUUGUCUUGUGUGCGACGUUUGUUCUUGGUAUCAUGUUCAUUUUCAUGAAAAAUAUCCAUGUUGAUUCUCAAUGAAACCAAGCAUUUGAUGUUUGUACAGUGACCUCAUUUACAUUUUGCUCCAAGGUCUUGAAGGCGCUUCAUAAUUAAAAUGUGAUGAUUAUUGCCAUCAGUUUUCUACAUUUGAAAGAACUUCUGCAAUCUCUCAAAUACAUGUACUUUUGUGUUAGCAUUUUUUUCAUAGAAAUGAAUAGGUAUAUGUUGCUCAGAAGUUUUGAUGUUGUCUUUUUUUGGACCGCUUGCCUUGUUGGUUGUUUAAACAUUUUUGCAGUUUCUAUUACUUAUACAUUUAUUUCCAUAUUGAUGUUGUUACUUUUGAUAAUCAUUUACAUAAUUGGGCAAAACAUAUAUAAAUAAGCAUUUGGUAUAUAUAUGCCUUGUUACAAUAGUGGUGUAUUUAUCUACACAUAUAGCCCAUGUCUACAGAAUAAAUGAAAUGCAAUGUUAUUGAUAUGAAUUUGAAUGAAAAACUAUGUGAUAUUUAGCUCCUCUAUUGUUCCAAGAAAGAAAAGUUUGAGGUAUUGUGAUAGCCAUGGUGUUGUUGUUGGCAUUGUGAUGCAAAACCUUUGACAUUGGCCCUAACUCUAAUUAUUAUGAAUGACUGUUCCAUUAUAAGAAUUGCUGAUUAUUGUAAGCUUGGUAUACAUGUAUGUUUAAUGAUUGAUGAUUAUUUUGAUUUAAUUGUUUAAUCCUGUAUUUGUAUGAUCUAUUUUGUCAUCAUUGAAAAACACAUUGUACACAAGAUACUGAUGUGCCUUAAUGUGUGAUCUUCAUAAAAUAAAGUUAUUAUUAUUAUUAUAAAAAUAAAUCAGCUUUCUCAAACAAAGCUUGGUUUUCAUGUUGCCAGUGACAAUAUCGAGUUGUAAUGGAGGGCCUAUAAUUCUGACAGAAGUUAUGCCCCUUGAAAAACAGAAGAGCGUUCGCAUUCGCUCCACUGCACUCUUGUUAUACAGUAUUGUUAAAGUAUCUUAAAAUUAUUUAUAUUUAUAACUUUAUACUUACAGAAGUUGAUCUUCAAUUGUUUUCUCUGCAAAAUAUUAAUGUUAUGGUUGUUAUUAUUGUGUUAUUAUUUUGUUGCAUUUUGUGAUAUCUUUUAAUCAUUUUUUAUCAUAAAUCCGUCUUUAUGAUAUAUUAACUAAGGUGCCAUCCUAUCAAUUAGUUUGCUUAGAAAAUUCAUAUAUGAUAGUUUGAAUAACUUUAUAAGUUGUUUGAUAGUUUAUAUAACUUUAUAAGUUGUUCUUCAAUUGUUUUUCUCUGCUUUCUUUAUGUUAUGGUUGUUAUUGUAUUGUUAUUAUGUUACAUUUUGUUAUAUCUGUUGAUCAAUUUAUAUCCCGAAUUAUGUUUUACUAUAGAUUAAACGGCCAUAUCAUAAGCUGCAGAAUUUAAGGUAAAUAUUGAGUAAGUGUCACCAAUCAAAUCAAAAGUUUUCUUGGAUAAUCGAAAAAAAACUUUUCCUAAAUUGACCUUUCGACCUUUCGAAAUAGAUAUUAUAUUACCGGUAUUACUUUUCAGAAAUAUCAAUUUUGUCGGAUAUCUGCAUUUAGAAGAUGUCACCUGAAUCUCUUGUGCUGUUUUUACUUAGUAUAGAAGAGAAUAUCAUAUUAAACUAUAAUUUAUAAUAAAU